CUUUUCAGUCGAUCGUGUUCAACCGUGGCGUUCGUAUCGGGAAACUUUCGAUUAUUAACGCCGCUUCGAACAAACGAGCAAGCGUGUUUUUUAACGGGUUAAAAAAUUAAAAAAGGCGAACUUUUCGCACGCGUUUCGCGUAUCUUUCGUGGAUGGAUGGACGGAUGGAUGGACGGAUGGCGAAGGAAGUUUAUCGUAUUCACUGUGUUAAAAAUAUUUUGCGUGAAGUUGGUGAUUAAGAAUAUGGAAGUGGAGGUUGACAAAAUUUGGAAUGUUCCGAGAAUGCGUUGAAUUGAUCGCGUUUCGACGAGUUUUGGGAAUGGACUCGACCGUGUCAUUGCUCCUCCCGAUCGCCUGCAUUCUGGAACUCGUGGUCGGUCAGCAAGGACCGGUGUUCGUUCUCGAGCCACCAAGCACCCUGGUCUUUUCCAAUACCACAGGCUCCCAGCUAAGCUGUUCCGCUCAUGGGAGCCCAACGCCGCACGUCACCUGGAUAACCAGCCCGGAUCAGAGAUCGGUCACCGCAGUUCCCGGGCUAAGACAGCUGCUCGGGAACGGCACCCUCUAUUUUCCGCCAUUUCUGGCGCAGGAUUUUCGAGCGGAAGUGCACAACGCUAGAUACAGGUGUCGUGCGACCAGUUCAGUAGGAACCGUGCUUUCCAGAGAAGUCACUCUUCGAGCUGUGUUGACGGUGCCCGGGUACGAUGUUAGGGUGAACAGAUCGCCAGUGUUGGAGGGGUGCAACGCGGUUUUAUCUUGCACGGCGAGGGAGGACGUGAAGGAGCAUCUGACUGUCACUUCCUGGUUCCGCGACGACGCCAUACUUCUACCCGGUAGCACGGACACAGGUGGAAGAUUCGUGGUCACGUCUCAGGGGGAUCUGCACAUCAGAGCCGCCAGACCCGACGACGGCAGAGCCACCUACUCGUGCUUAACUUUUCACGCGUUGACCGGUGAAAGGAGGAGGAGCGAGCCUGCCACGUUAACGGUCACAGAGCCAACAGGAACUAUGCCGCCACGAUUGAUGCAGAGAUCUCAGAUCGCCAUCUCAGCGGAAAGCGGGUCGGACGUUCAUCUAACUUGCUCAGCCCAGGGGAACCCAGCCCCGCAAUUUGCUUGGUAUCGCGAUGUUAACGGCCAUUCGAUACCGGUGGAGUCAUUUGGCCGAAUUCAGCUGUGGGGUGAUUUGAUGCAAAUUCGCCGCGUGGAUGCUCAGGACGCAGGAAGGUACAUUUGUCGAGCCAGCAAUCAGGUCGGCGAGCAACGAGCGGAAACACACCUGUCGGUCACGUCAAAACUUAACGCGCGUAUACAACCUCGUGUUCAGAUCAUCAAUUCCGGAGAGUCGGCCACUAUGAAUUGCACGGUCGAGGGUUAUCCGGUCGAGAGCGUCGAGUGGUUGCACGACGGUGUGCCCGUAUUGACCGCGCAGGACACGAGGAUCAGAUUGCUGGCUCCUCUGGUGCUCGUGAUAGGCUCGGUCGGCCGAAAGGACAAGGGGAUGUAUCAGUGUCUGGUCAGGAGCGACAAGGAGAACGCACAGGCCACCGCGGAAUUGAAACUUGGAGACACGGUACCAGAGUUACAAUACACGUUCAUCGAGCAAGCAUUGCGACCAGGUCCUCCAGUAUCCUUGAGAUGUUCGGCGACCGGAUCCCCUCCUCCGUCGUUUACUUGGCUCCUGGACGGAGAGCCUCUGAGCGAGAUCGCCUCCGGGCAUAGGUACGCGAUAGGACAGUACGUCGAUCAGUCCGGAGACGUGAUCAGUCAUUUGAACAUAUCGUCGGCUGGGGCUGAAGAUGGCGGCCUCUACGCUUGUGUCGCUGCCAAUACCCUGGCAACGGUUGAGCACAAAGCUAGAUUGAACAUUUAUGGCCCGCCAUACAUCCGAUCGAUAGGACCAGUUCGUGCGAUAGCCGGUGUCGAUACCACCAUAGCUUGUCCUUAUUCCGGCUAUCCUAUCACGUCAGUCGAGUGGUCUCGUGGAGGAGUCGCGCUUCCUCUCGACAUAAGACACCGAGUUGACAGUGAGGGCCAUCUUACCAUCGCCAAUGUGGAUCCAAACGACGCCGGCACUUAUACUUGUAUGGUUCGCGCGAGAUCCGGUGAAACGGCGAGCAGAGACAUCCGGUUGACUGUCAGCAGUCCACCGGUUAUGAGCCCCUUCAACUUCCCUUCAAACCUCCAAGAAGGCAGUCGUGCUCAAGUCACCUGCACCGUCACUUCCGGUGAUCUCCCAAUCUAUUUCUCCUGGCUGAAGGAUGGCGAGCCGUUACCUUCCUCUUUACGUAUCGAAGAGAGGGUGGCCGAAUUCUUCAGCCUGCUCGUCUUCAAGGAACUCUCCUCCCGACACAGUGGCAAGUACACUUGCGUGGCGACCAACAGCGCGGCUAAAGUGAAUCACACGGCCGAACUUUUGGUGAAAGUGCCUCCACAAUGGAUCUUCGAGCCGCAAGACGUGGCUACCCUCCUGGGAAAUCCAUUGAACGUCCACUGCGAGGCGAAAGGAUUUCCUCCGCCGCGUGUCACGUGGUUGCGUGCCAGGGAAAGAACCUCGAACGAUUAUCAGCCUUUAAUCGAUGGCACCGAUGGAAGAUUAACCAUUCUUCCAAAUGGAUCUCUGUGGACAGCUUCAGCUGGGCCCCAAGAUGAAGGGCAUUAUCUUUGUCGAGCGAAUAACGGCAUUGGAUCUGGUCUGAGCAAAGUGAUCUACGUAUCUGUUCAUGAACCGGCAAGAUUCGAGUUUCAGAGCAAGAACGUCACUAUUCGUCGUGGCGAAUCCGUGACCUUGGAUUGUACAGUAAUCGGUGAUAACCCUAUUGAAGUGCAAUGGAUGCACAACAGUGAUCGUUUAGACACGAACAAUCACAGGCUGAGCAUUAGUCAGAUAAAAACGGAUAACGGACUCAAGUCCCAAUUAUCCAUAGGAAGCAGUGAUCGUCAAGAUUCUGGCGUUUACAGAUGCACAGCGGAUAACGCCUAUGGUAGAAGCGAACAUUUGAUUUAUCUUGCUGUCCAAGAGAGGCCGGAUCCACCAGCUUCACUAGAAGUUAUAGAAAUCGGGUCACGAUCGAUACGAUUAUUGUGGAGAAGGGCUUUCGAUGGAAAUAGUCCAAUACGGAAUUACGUUAUUCAAUAUCGAUCUCUGAAUCACGGUUUGGCGGAUGACUGGAAUCCCGCAAAAACGCACAACGUUACUUACACGCCUGGACAUUCGAAUAAUGGGAACACCAUACAUCCAACACAAAAUGGUUUAUCUCCUUUUGAAACUACCAGCGACGAUCAGGAAGUAGCUUUAGUAGGUGGACUUCAUCCAGCAGUAACUUACACAUUUCGUAUAUUUGCCAUAAAUUCGAUAGACGUGAGUGUACCCACUGAUCCUGUGGUCGCCAAAACUCAAGAAGAAGCACCUACUGAACCACCCCAAAAUAUUAAAGUACAAUCAGCAGGACCUGGGGAACUUAUGGUUAGCUGGCAGCCACCUCCAAAAGAAUCCUGUAACGGAGAUCUAUUGGGCUAUAUUGUGACAUGGUCAGAGCAUUCAUCUUCGACAUCAGGUGUGAAUCAAAGUAAAAGUUUAACUGUGAACGGAUGGGCGACUACAAAGGUGCAACUCACCGGCUUGAGAAAGUUCACCAAGUAUGAUAUAUCGAUCAGAGCUUUCAAUAGCAUAGCCAGCGGUCCAGCUAGCGUUCCCAUUGUUGGAACUACUCAGGAAGGAGUGCCAGAAACUCCACCGACACAAGUAACAUGUGUUCCUUUAUCUUCGCAAAGUGUAAAAGUUUCUUGGAGCGCUCCUCCACCUCAUCAACAUGGUGGAAUUAUUCAGGGUUACAAAGUGUACUACAGACCUGUACCUACUGAUAAUAUGGACAUAUCAACUGUACGUGAAGUAAAAAAAACUUCCAGUGUAGAAACGUAUCUACACACGCUGUAUAAAUAUACGAAUUAUUCUAUAAGAGUAUUGGCUUACACGGGUGCUGGUGAUGGAGUUUUGAGUCCUCCAAUUUUUUGUACUACAGAAGAGGAUGUCCCAGGUCCUCCAGCCGGUAUUAAAGCUUUAGCAUUAACUGCAGAGAGUAUAUUAGUUUCGUGGUUACCGCCCUUGCAACCAAAUGGGAACGUUUCUAAAUACACGGUUUACAGUAGAGAGGCAGGUUCCAAUAAUCAUAACACACACACCAUGCAUGAACCACCAUCAUCUCCUACUGACACUCUUACUAUGGAAUUGCGAGGUUUGGUUGAAAGUCAAUUGUACGAGUUUUGGGUAUCAGCAACAACAGGAUUGGGUGAAGGAGAACCGACUACUAUUGUAACUCAAACUACGAAUACUAGAGGUUUGAUUAUUCAUAGGAUAAUUUUCUUACAUUUUUUUAAUCUAUGGAUUAUAUUUAUUAAUUUAAUAAAAUUCUUAUUAUAUAAAGCUCCAGCUAGAGUGGCAUCUUUUUCGCAAUUAUUAAGAAGGGCGAUUAAAUCAUCGAUCACAUUAUCCUGUUUGGUUGUGGGUAAUCCUACGCCUCGUCCAAUAUGGACGUAUCGAAAUAGCCAGAUCUCUACUGGAAGGCAUUACGAAUUGACUGCAGAUGGUCACCUCAAUAUUCGCGGAUUAGAACAAUCAGUCGCAGGAAAUUAUACAUGUUCAGCGAGCAAUUUAUUCGGUGACGAUUCCAUUACUUACAUAUUAGUUGUAGUGAUGCCUCCUAGAGCGCCAAUUUUAGAAUUACAGUAUACGACAACGAAUAGUAUAAGAUUUAGGUGGAAUCAUCCCAAUAAUGGAGGUGCCACUAUUCAAGGUUACGUAUUAAGUUAUAAAAGGGACCAAGGUGGCUGGGAAGAGAUCGCAUUAUCACCCGAACAGACUGAAUUUAUUUUAUCAGGUUUAAAAUGCGGUUCUUCCUACUUGGCACAUUUGACAGCACACAAUCGUGUAGGAACUGGUGAUCCAAGUUCAUUAAUCAGUGCUACAACGAAAGGAACAGCGCCUUUAUUGCCAAAAGAACGAGAUAUCAUUUCCGCCAAUGGUACUUCCGUAAAAUUAAAUCUUCUGUCCUGGCCAAACGGUGGUUGCUCCAUCCAAUAUUAUACCAUAGAAUACCGUAGACGCAUUAACAGUGAACCAUGGAUUUUAGUGGCAAGUCGUGCCACGGAGAAUUUAAUCAUAAGAGAUUUAAAGACUGCCUCGUGGUACAGUUUACGUUUGACAGCGCACAACGAUGCUGGAUCCACGCAAACGCAAAUGGAAUUCGCAACAACCACUCUCAGUGGUGUUAGCAUCGGUCCUCCGAAUGAUUUGAUUAUGGAAGAUGAUGUUAAAAAAACUAUACCAAAUCAUAAAGUGCUUUACGUAGUUGUACCUCUCGUCUGUGCUAUUGUUCUGAUUAUUUCGGCUGCUAUUUUGGGAUACGUAAUGUUAAAACGCAGUGGAAGAGCUAAUUAUUUAGGAGAAAUACUUCCUGGACAACAACAGAAUCAGCAAUCAGGAUUAGGAUUGGUCCAGCAACAGCAACAACAUCAACAACACCAUCAUCUUUCAAGUUGCAUGUCCACUAUGCAAUUAAAAUCCACUGCUGAACGCGAUAACAGGAGGAAUCAUCAGGUUUAUACCAGUUCUCCGGUAAAGCAAGAGAAUCAUAAGUCGAACGACCAUGGUUCAGAAAUGUAUGAAAUAAGUCCAUAUGCCACGUUUAGCGUGCCAGGAAGAGAAAAUCGUUCGGUGACCACUGCCACACUCGAUUACACCAUGCAGUUCAAAACGUUUGGACAUUUAGAGAACGAAGACAUCAACACGAUCGAUUAUGAGAGAUCCAGUGUGGAUUUCGAGAGGUCUAAAACACCAAGGUGGCACAAGCAACGAUACUUCCCAAGCAUCGCAGAAGCAGAAAGUAAGCUGCGCUCGAGUCGCCAAGGUUCCGGAAGCGAUACAUCCGGAAGUCCUUGCGGAGAGUGCGCUGGGCCUAGUUAUAGGGUACCAGUGAAGCCUUGCAGAGAUGUAUUUUCACGAGGCGUGGAGUCGAGUACAGAAUCGAAUAACGAAGGCUCACCUUCACUUGCGAGACGACGAAGCCGACAACCGAGCCGGUCUACUCGCAGUUCGGUGGAAGACAUGACGUUGUUGCCGCCAAGCGGGUUUAGUGACAGCCGCGAAUUGAGCGAUGUAGAAUGCGAUCGUGAUCGUGAUCGUGAUCGUGAUCGUGGGGAACGUGAUCGUGAUCGUGAUCGCGAUUGGCAAGGUCUAUCAUCCGGGACUCGCCACGGCGGCAGCUUGGGUAGAUUGCCCAUCGAGGCCGUCGAAUCUAUGCUCGCUAGGUACCAACAAAGGAAAGAACAAGAAAGGCAAGAGUUCACUAUACACGUAUGAUCGAGAUUUAGUAAUAGAUCUCUAGCAGAAAUCUUCACGAAAACAUAUAAAAAUAAGUUAUAAAAAAUUCUCCGAAAAAUUGACUAUUCAAAAAUUUUGCAGAAUGUCAAUGGAAAAUCGUAAUUUAAAAAAUUGUAUGUUCGCGAAUGGCACACAUCUGCUAGUAAUAAAUAUAAACUCUUGUCAAAGUCAAAUUAAUUAGGAAUUUUUGUCGUAAAAAGAGUCUUUGCUCAUAUAUAUAGAAUAUUGAGAAAAGCGUUUAACAAUGUCCAUUUUACUUAAAGAAAAUUAAUAGUAGCAAAUUCGCAUAUAGUUCACGGUUUUCCGUCAACAAAAUAUUACUAUAGAUUAAAUUACCGUUUCUUCAUAUCUAAACAUUUUUCUCAGUGCGCUAUUAAGUUAUCGACAAAUCAUGAUCAAUUGAUUUAUUGAUUAUAAUUGCAUCGAAUACUGCCAAAAAUAUUGCGUUAUUCGCAAAUUUAUCGGUCGACCAAACACGGGAAAAUAACAGGAACAAAUUACGUGAAAGUAUCGACAAAGGUUCGUUAGAGAGCUACGUUAGAAUCUCAUCUUCUGAAAUUUAGUCACACUUGAGAGUUACAAACAUAAAGUAUUUCUGAGAAGAUUCUGCAACAGUGAUUAAUAGAAAGAAAAAGAUCCAUCGACAGAAUUAGGAAACAAGUCAAUUUAGACAUGGAAUGAAGAAUUACACAUGUGUAUAAUCGUCUAACUACUGUAUAGUAUAGAUUGUAUUAUUAGUCACAUUGUUACCAUGGAUUGUAUAGUUGAAAAGGUACGACAAAAGUAAAGUAUGGAGAAUCGUUUAUCAUCCUUGAGAAGCAUCGUUUAAAUGUUUAUUAUAUAGUUGUUUCUUUGCUAUUAAAAAAAGAUUGGCAUUAUUUAAAAAAGAAUAUAAAAAAAAAAUCACUAUACUUUCAACAUUAUACUUUAUAAAUAUAUAUAAUUUAUAAUUUAUAAUAAUUUCAUUGUAAAACGGAAAACUGAUUUAAACGGUCAUAACAAUUGAAAAUCAAAUAAUAAUUUUAACGAUAGUUAUUAUAAGAGUUGAAAGUUAACAAAAAAAUAAUAAAAUACAAUUUUAUUUCAAUGCAUUUAGAAUAAUUAUACUAUAAAGUGAACAAUUAUUUAGUAGGUAGUUUUUAUUUUUUUUUUUAUAUAAAUAUCAUUUACAAAAUUAUUGUUAUAUAAAUUAAUGAAAAUAAAAAAAUAUAACGAUGUUUUGAAAAACGAAUCUCUAUAUACAUCACGAUAAUUUUCGCUUUAUGCAGAGUGCUAAUUGUAACAACAUUCCUAAUUGUCGGCAUUAAGAAACCACAAUUGUGCGUUUCAACAUUUUGUUUGAUUAAUUAUGUUAAUAAAGCAAUUCGAGGAUUAUAUUGCGUCAAAACGCAGAAAUUCGAUAAAAAAAAGAAAAGUAUAAUUGAGAAAGAAUAUUUAAAUGUAAAUAUAUGUAUGAAUUAUAUUUAAAGGAUGGACAAUUUAUCGACAUACAUUGAGCUCGAAGAUUAAUUAACAUUACAAAUAACUUUAAAUAUUACUGUUUUUAUUUCUGCGAAAUAUUCUAUUAAUAUACAUAUUUUAAUAUUUAAUUCUUUUUUUUUUUCAUUUCAAAAAAAUUAUAUUAUACUAUACUAUUAUAUUAUUUUUUUUAUUAAUUAAUAAAAACAAAGAUUAGAUUUUAUAAAAGUUAAUUAAAAUUUCAAUAAAAUAUAAGUAAAACAUUUUAAUUUAUUUAUUUUUAAAAUAGAAAUAGAAAAAUGAAAGAUGAAACAUUCAGCUUUCAAAACGAAAAUUAUGUCGAUUGGAUCGGACAAGUUUCAUAAUAAUUUAUUGAUAAAUUAUUUGUUAUAUAGGUUAGUAAAGAUAUAAGUAAUUUAUAAAGUCUGAUCCUCGUGUAUCGUUCUCGAAUAAUGAGACUGAGGCUAAUUAACUACGCUUACGUUGAUUUUUGCCAAAUAGAAUUUACAAUUUACAAAAUUAUUAAUUUAGGGCUAUUGCCUUAAUUAUAACAAUUAAUUGAAAUAUUGUUAUCAUGGCGUCUACGACCGUACUUUUCCAAUUAUUCGUAUUAUGAGAACUUUUAAAACGAGAGCAUAGUUCGUGUAUUUUUUGGAAAAAUAAAAAACAAAAAAGUUCAUUUUUUAUAUGAAAAUAUAUUUCUACAUUUUAAACAAACUGGAUUGUUUGUAAUAAUAUCAAUGUAAAAAUGUUUUAAUAAAUAGCAAAAUUAAUGUAUACGAAAUUAUCAAAAUUAAUCGAAAUUUUAUAUAUAUAUAUUUAUAUGGAUAUUUUAAUUUAAUAUCAACCAAUAAACUGUCAUAUUAGAUUUUAUAUGAGCAAUUUCUUAUUUAAGUUUUUUACAAAAAAUAAAUUAUAAUUAUUCGAUUUUCUCUUUCACUGAUAAUAUAUUUAAUAAUGUCUACAUUAUCGUAUAUAUUUAUUGUAUUACACAUUUAUUAAAGGUUUUAUGAAUGUUUUUUUUUAAAUUUUUUAUGCAUAUUUUUUAAUGAUAUAUCUUACCGUUAUCUAACAAAUUAAAAAAAUCCCUUUUAAAAAUAAAAAGUUUCUAUAAAAAAAUUGACAACGACAAAUAUGCAAAGUAUGCUCUCUUAUAAAAAACAUAUUCAUUAAUACGUAUUUCAUCUAUAAAUGCGAAAUGAACUUUACGCGAUGAAUUUUACAAGAAGUAAAUAAUGCACAAAUUUAAUCACGAAAAGAGUGAUCAUAUGGUUUGUAGUUUUUGUCAUAAUAAAAAGAAAGAAGAAAAAAAUGAUCAUAGAUAGAAGAAAAUUUGGAUAAAAAAAUAAUUAGCGUAAUGAUUUUUCAAGUGUAUCUGAUGAACGCGUGCAUACGUGAUACGUGUGAUAUAGAAACUCGUCGUGUAGCAUAGCUACCGUGACUGAGCAAAUUAUUUGUAUAAUAAUGAGACCCGUGAAACUUAGAAAUCAUGUAUCAUAUCCCCAUAUAACUAUCCGUGGACGAAUUCGAUAAAACUAAUCAUCGUCCGUUAUGGUUAACGCGAAAAUAAAAUAAAAAGGAAAAAAUAAUAAAACAAUCGAAUGUCUUAUCGAAAUGUCAAACUUUCACAAAAUAUGCUAAAAUUCAGCUUGUUAAUAAAGAAGAACAAACAUUUAUUGCGUCAAA